GGCUGCUGAAGCCGAUCCUGCAGCUCAUGCUCAGCCAAGUGCGUAAAACAGCUGAUCGCCUCUGAACACCAUGCCUCGACUCUCGCUACCAAUUUGCCUGCUUUGCCUCCUGGCCUUCACUUCAGCAUGUUAUAUCCAGAACUGCCCCAGAGGGGGCAAGAGGUCGUUUCUGGAUACAGGUGUCAGGCAGUGUAUGCCUUGUGGCCCCGAGAACAGAGGCCACUGUUUUGGAGCUAACAUCUGCUGCGGGGAGGAGAUUGGCUGCUACAUUGGAACCUCAGAGACACUGAGAUGUCAGGAGGAGAAUUACCUGCCCUCCCCUUGCGAACCUGCCGGAAGACCCUGUGGUAGAAACGGUGGGAAAUGUGCCUCAUUGGGAAUCUGCUGCACCGACGAAACAUGCACUACAGACUCUACAUGUCUGGAAAAUGAGAGUAAAUGGAAACAGUCUCCGAUGGAAAGAAACUUGACCCUUUUAGACAGUGCUGCAACUGACCUCCUCCUGAGGCUAAUGCGUCUAUCUAACAGGCAGCCCACAGAGAAGCACCAGCUAAUAUAAAAUCAUGUAUUUUAAUGUGCCCUCUCUUUGAUGCUGCCUUUGAGAAUCAUACAACACUCAUGGUAUAGGAAGCAGCUGUAUAUGGAGCUGGUACUUUAACAAAAGGGCCAUAAACAAUGCAUGUUAUUCUAUGACCUAUGAUAUAUCAGAGUGCUAUAGAGUGUACUUAUCUAAUACAUAACAGUAUGUCGAUCUCAAUAUUUAUGCUGAGGGUAGUAAAUAUACUUUUCCAAAUGUCAUUUUUAGUUACAUUUACUUCACUGAAUUUUUUGUUCAUGGUAUAAAAGUACAACCUAUUUUUAAUUUCUUCGGUAACUUGUAAACAUUAAAGGAAGCAUGUGUACAUAAAUAGCAAAAUAAAAUCCUUUGUUGCUUAAUGUGGAAUUGCAAUGCAAAAUA